AUGUUUCCAGCACUCCAGUCCCUUCACUUCCACGAGUUCAAGCGCGCGGAAGCAUGGAUUGCGGUUGCGCUGCUCGCCGUGGUCAUACGCGCGCUGCUGCGUAUACGGCAGAUCAAACCGGCGGACAUAGCGGAAACUGGCAACAACAAGGACGCCAGAACUAGCAGCACGGCCAGCUCUCACUCGUUCCAAAUGCCUGUUCCUCCCCCGUACCCAGACUGGUCUCUUGAGACGACAAAGCCUCUACCAUACAGGGCGUUCCGCUAUGGGCCAAAAUACAAUAUCACGAUGGGACUUCGGUCACUUGCGCCCAUCGAAUGGAUCGAGCUCGACAACCACUAUCCGAAGUUCCACGCCGAAAAGGCGCAGCGACUGCUUGAACGGGGCGACAAGUGCGUCAAGACUGCUCCGGACGCAUAUCCCGCGGCCAUGGAGCUGCUGCAAGAGCUCACGGAUUACUUGCCGGCUCGCUACCCCAGCUUGUACAGGCGCACCGCGGUGGGGAUCGACAACCUCUGGUCUGGCGAGUCGCUCAACAUCACAGAGGUCCCGCUGCACGAGGACCCAAUGGCCAUGUGUGCGCGGCUCGUGCAAGACGAUCUCGCCCUCAUGCUUGAGCAGCCAGACGGGCAGUAUCGCCUCUUGGCCGGGGCUAUCCUCCUGGCCGGGUUCUGGAGGCUCUCCGACAAGUUUGGCAUGACACUGCCCAAAAUACAUACGUCGGGCAACGUCCCCCACUUCAAGGAGAAGCUACAAAGCGGCAUGGUAAAGUUCUUCCAGCGUCUGCGAAGCGAUACAUUUUAUGCGCGCAACAACUACUUUAUCCAGGUAGACGACGAGCUUGCCUGGAGCCCCAGCAUCGGCGGUGAGGACGAGCCCGUCGUCAGCUGGGGCACGGCGGAGAAGAACAAGGCCAUUGAGCACCAUUUCUUCCGGUCGGAGAGGCAGACGCUUCGCCGGCUGCCCAAGACAGGCGCGGUAUGCUUCACUAUUCGCACAUACUUCCUGCCCAUUACAGAAGUUGCGGAGGAGGACGGCGUUCCGGGCAGGCUGGCCAGUGCGGUGCGGAGCUGGGACGAGUGGGUGGGCGAGUACAAGGGCAGGGAGAAGUACGGCGACAUUUUGCUUGAGUAUUUGGAUCGCAAGCACGAGGAGCAGCUGCGGAGGGGGCUGAAUGCGGGAAGGAUGGAGAACAGCAAGGGCUAUCCGUGGUGA